AUGGAUGAUAAGUUAAUCCCUUUAGUGGAAGAAAACAAAAACCUAAAAAUCAAAGUAGAAAAAUUAGAAAAAGCAAUUGAGUUUCUGAAAAAAGUGGAGAAGAAAAAUAAUAUCAUAAUAUUUGGCCUGGAAGAAAAAAAGACAUCAACUUUCCAACUACUACAAGGAUUUAAGGAACAUCUGAAACAAGAUCUAAAUAUUACUAUAGAACAUUACGAAAUCAACAAAAUUUACCGCUUGGGUACUAAGAAUAGAGAAAUUAGGACAAAUGUUUUCGAUAUGAUACGGGGUCGAGCAGAACUAGCAUCAAAUCAACCAAAGAAACCUAGACCAAGACACGACUUAUUUAACACAAAGCUCGGAAAACAUCAGGUAGAACAAAUAACAAUCGCUCUAAUAGACAAAUUUACAGACUAUGAAUCUAACACAAAAGAAUUUGGAACACGAGGAAGAUACAAUUGGAUAGAAAAUACCAUAAAAACCCAAAUACAACUAAUUGCAAAUACCAAAACUGAACCGAAAAAAUGGCUAACAACAAAUGCCACAAAACUACUAGAAGCGAGAAACCAUUUAGAUAGCACUAAAGAUACACAGGACAGAAGAAAAAAUUUAACGGAAAUUAGUAAACAAAUUAUAGAUAGCAUAAGGAAGGACAGAAAACAAAACAGAAUGGAAACCAUAGAAACAUUUAUAAGCAAAACUGGUGGAAUCAAAAAAGCAUACAGAGAGUUGAGAAAUUCGAAGGAUUGGAUUGUUAAAAUGAAAAAUGACAGUGGAAAAUGGAAUAAUCGUAGAACAGGAAUAUUGGAUAUAGCAACAUCUUAUUACAAAAGACUGUACGAAAGUAACACAACAGAAGACGAAAUUGAUUUGGCGGAUACCUCAAACAUUCCUAACAUUCUUCAAGCUGAAGUCGAGAAAGCCAUAGAUACUCAAAAGGUAGUGGUAGUUAGCACCUGUCCUUACAGAUAUGUUUAG